UUGCGAGUCUUGCGACCCACUAAGUCCUCUUCAAAGAAGGACCCAAACCUCGAAGAAUCCAGAAAGAAGACUUCGGCUAUCAGUUUCGAACACCAGAUCAGAGGAGAGGAGAAAAUGGUUAGUGUGGUGGAAUUGUUGCCAAAGGAGUAUGGCUACGUUGUUAUAGUGCUGGUUCUCUACGGUUUCUUCAAUGGCUGGAUGGCCUUCCAAGUCGGCAAAGCUCGGAAGAAGUACAAGGUUUUUUAUCCGAUCCUUUACGCCUCAGAAUCAGAGAACAAGGAGGCCAAGCUUUUCAACUGCGUUCAGAGAGGACACCAGAACUCGCUUGAGAUGAUGCCUUUGUUCUUCGUGUUGCUUCUGCUUGGAGGGCUUCAGUAUCCUGUGGUUGCAGCUGGGCUUGGCCUUGUUUACAUCGUUGGUCGUUUCUUCUACUUCACUGGCUAUGCUAGUGGGGAUCCCAAGAAACGUAUGAGAGGAGGAUUCAAUCUAUUGGCGUUGCUUGGGCUUGCGGGUUGCACUAUUUCAUUGGGAGUCAAUCUUCUGCUUAGGUAAAU